GUACUUUUGCCACUUCAUACAGCUUCGCGCUGUCCUUCCUCCCACACGCACGUUCCCCCACACGUUUCAAUUUACUGAUAGAGGUGACCGUAGGCGCGCUGCGGUUACGUUUCGCUACCGACAUCAUCGCAAACAAACAAAGGAAAGGAGGUGAUUACGAGAACGUAUGGAUUUGUGUGGUGUGCAGCGAACAGCAGUGCAGGAGGAGAUACACACUAUCAAAAAGAAAGCAGUUUAGAAUCCGCACCCAGUGAACGGAAGAGAAACAGACAUACCUAGAGGCACGGCAGCCGUGUGUGCUUGUUUGUGUGCUUAUCUUUUUUUCCCCUUUCAACCCCGGCACUUUUGUCUUCGCAUUUGUCGCAGUCACGCUCAGGAACUGAGACAACAUCGCCUUUGCAUCUUCUGCUCCUUCGCGAAACCGACAGAAGACGACGACGGACGUAAAACACGUAUUUUCCAUCUGUUGUUUUGCCGCGGCCAGUCUUUUGCUUUCUGGCUGCUUCCGAAGGCAUUGUCUCGUUGCGCUCUUGAACUCUUUCUUUCUUUACCUUUUUCCUUUUGAAACAAGAGAUAUAAGUGCAUCGUUACAAGAGCAGAGCAACAGAACGUUCCUGAAAACGCAGCUCGCUGGAACACUGGGUCUCGAUGUAUUGAUUCCGCCUUGUCACUUUGGUGAAUACAUAUAUCAUAUUUAGCUGCUAUACCUCUUCACUCUUGUGCUUUCGUGCGGUGCGCGAGGUCCUGCCAGCGAGCAUUGGAAUUGUCAUCGUAUACGCUAACAGAAGUUGACUUUUUUUUUAUUAUAUAAAGAACUUCAUUGCAUUCUUUUCCUUUUUUCUUCCUCUGCUACUCGACUCGUUGUCCGUGCGUGUGUGUGUGUGUGUGUGUGAUUCCGGUUCUUGUUUUUCUUUUCUCAUUUGAACGUCAUUAAGCCUGGCGUCAUACAUAUAUAACCCCCAUCUUUGGUCGGGCUCGACGUGCUACGUGAGAGCGAACUCUUUUCCGUUUGUCUCUUGUUGUUGGAGGUCUUCACCGUCCGGUCGCCCUCUCCACCGAUAGGAAGAAGGAACGCUUGUUUUCUUCUUUCUUUCUUUUUUUUGGGUUUCACGUCGAUGCUAUUCGCUCUCCCUGUCACUGACGUGAAUCACGGUGACAACUCCAUGUUGAGUGGCGGCAGGCCCACGGCAGCCGGAGAGAGCGGCGAUCGGCGGACACCUUCAUUGGUCCCGCUGUCGCACCGUCACGGCGGUGACCGUAGCAGGCGAUCGUCCUCCCCACUGGCGGUCUCCCCGGAGAGCACCGGCGCAGCGGAGCGGCAAGAAGUUCCCCCUCCUUCGCUUCCUCUUCCUGCUGCGGAGCGCAGCAAGGCGGAGUCCAUCAGCUCCUCGUGCUCGGCGGAGGUCAUGAACCCUCCUCCUCAACGGCAGUCCACGCAGCCGCGGGCGAUGUCCACGUCUCUCACGUCUGUGGGUGUAAAUGAGCAUAUUGACGCGGUGCCACAGCCGUCCACCAAAGCGGUAGUUGCUGCUGCUGUUGAGCUGCGAGCCUCUGCCUCCUCUUCGUCCCCAACAGCACUACCACAGUCAUUGAGGGCAGUUUCCGAUAGCGCGGAGCUCAGUAAGAGCCAUAAUCUUCAUUUGGGUGGGACAACCUCUGCGACCGCCAUCACAAAAGUCGAUGUGCCGGCGGCGGUGGCGGACGCGAGUGGGUCCAAGACUCCAAAGCGCGUGCUGAAGACGACCAGCACCACACAUGCGCAUCGCCGUGCCAACGAAAGUGGCGGCAGCGACAGCAGCGGCGGAGGCGUCGGCUCGCGUUCUGCGUCGGAGCGCUGCAAGGCCGCCCGCACGCUAGCCGCCGAGCUCAUGUCAGCCCUCAUGGAGCGUCCGCCGCAGACAGCCCAAAUCGCGCAGUACCGCAAGUCCAUGCGCUCCUCUGCCUCCUCUACCCCAAAGCCGGCACUGGAUAACGCGGCCGCUGCCGCCGUCGCAGUGGAUGGAAACUUGUGUGACUCCCUCGCAGAGUCCAGCAGCGCCGUCACCGCAGCCGCGGGAGGCGUCCGUGCUACAGCAGCCCCGUUGCCUUCCGCUUCGGCAUCGGCGGCGUCGCAUUCGUUUAUCGACGCUGUGCGGAACGGACGUGCCAAGUCGAGCCACACACCCUCUUCUUCCGCUUUCUCUUCUUCUGCCGCGGCUACUGCUGAACCCGUGUCGACAGCGGCGCAUGGAAAGACGGCAACGACCUCCCCAACGGUGGCCUUGAAGGCAAGCGGCGGCACCCCGCUGCAUGCACCGACCGCUGCACCCCCCACGGUCGACCACAACAGUAUACGACGGCGCAACGACUCCCCCAACCCCCUCUUGCUUCCCGCCGGAGCGACGGAGGGGUUUGGCAGGCAGCCGUUCGAGCUGAUGCCGGAGGACGCGUCUCGCAUUCCCGAGCUGUUGAGCGUUCUGCGCGAGAUUGCGCUCUCCGGCGCGUCGCUAGACCCGCUGUGCAGGCCGGCCAACUCCAGUGCGAGCACACCGCGGAGGAGCAACAAUAGCGGCAGCGCAACAUCAGCGGGGCCACCCGCAACUACUUCCGCAUCUCCACCAAAGAUGGCCACGACCGGGGCGGCGACCACGCCGCAGACCACCGGGACUGCCAACGGUACAGCUGCUGCUGCCUCCGGUGCGGUCGGCCCACCGAGGCCACCGCACGCGGUAGAGACGAACUACUAUGAGGAGCAGUGGCAGCGUGUGCGGGCACAUCUGCAGGCGGUGCGUGGUCUGGUGCUCAACCGACGUGAGCUCGCCAGCACGCUGGAUGAAGUACUGGGGGUCGACUGGCGCGUGACACCUGCUACCGCCGCCGCAGCGGUGGAGUCGGCAGAGUCGCAGCAUGGCACGGAGGGGCCAGGGAACAACGACCCACUGUCAGUGCCCACCACAGCAGCGGACGUCCUUCACAGUGCGGCGGAAAGAGUCACGGUGGAUGUGGUGGUGCCGGUCAUGCCGACGCCCGUCGAUCACGAUGGGCCGACGCGGCUCGCCGCGAAGGGAGAGAGAAGUGCAAAGGAAGGUGCAGCAGCGGCACGAGGUGCGACUUCAACAACGAACACCGCGGCUUCAAGGGACGACAACACUGGCGUGGGGAAUCGCACGAACACGACGGUGACGACAACCACCACUUUCACGAUGACGACCACCACCGUCACCACCACCACGAUCACUGCGACAACGUUGAACCACAAUGCCCGUCCUUUCCAGACUCGAACUCCGUCCACCUUUCAGCGGGCCACGAGCACGCAAAGUGGUGGUUCUCCUCCUCUUUCUACUCUGACGGGCAGCGCAUCGCCUUCUUCACCCCCAGUUGCAGUGGGAGGCGACAAGAGAGAGGACACUGCUGCUGCUGGAGCGCACCUUGGCGGCAACAUCCAUGCCGACGCCAACAACGCGUCCUCGUCAAUGCAGCAGCUCUCGGAGCUCAGCUCCACUUACUCCCCGUCUCAGCACGUGACGACCUUCCUGGAGCGCUCCACCCCGCCGGCGACGGGCCGACUGGCGGACGAGGGCGAUGCCGGCCUCUUCAACUUCCCCUCGACGCCGCUGUCCGAGGCGGCCGUGCCUUACCAGCCGUCGGUGACGCUCGUCGGCGGUACGAGCCCGCGCGGCGCCAACGCCUCCACAUCGAGCAGCCCGCCCUUCCAUUUGGAGUCGCGCGAGGAGAUGCUCCGACGUCGCAGCGCGGCCCCGAACGCCUUCUACGCCUCCAUGACGCACGGCGGGGCAACGCACUACCUGGGUGGCCCGCCCAGCGCAGCAACGACGCCCGGCACUUUCGUCUCCGCGUCUGUGCCGCCUGGCUCGCCGCCGUUUGCGCUGCCGGGCAGCGGGGCGCGCAGUAUGCCCGUCUCACCGCUGCUGAGCUACGGCUCGCCGGUCACCGCCGCUCAGUGCCCGUACGAUUAUGUUCUCGUCUUGGACUUUGAGGCGACGUGCGAGGAGCACCCGCCGCCCAACUACCUGUACGAGAUCAUCGAGUUCCCCGUGGUGUUGGUCGACGUGCGGCUGCAGCGCGUCGUGGCGGAGUUCCACCGGUUUGUCCGUCCCCGAUACAAGGUGGAGCUGAGUUCCUUCUGCAAGAAGUUAACGGGGAUGCGGCAGGCGGACGUUGACGCGGCGCCGUCGCUGGAGGAGGUGAUUUUGCAGUUUGAGCGCUGGUUCGCCCACACCCUGCCCCCGCACUCCCGGUGCGUCUUCGCGACGGAUGGGCCGAUGGAUAUGCGGGAAUUCAUGUACCACCACAGCGUCUCUCGUCAAGGCAUUCGCUUCCCCCCUCUCUUCUACCAGUACGUUGAUGUGAAGCAGAUCUUCGCGGGCUUCUUCCACUGCUCGCAGGGGAAGAUUAAAGCGAUGCUGGAGGUGCUGCACGUGCCGUUUGAGGGGCGGCUGCACAGCGGCUUAGACGACGCCCGCAACAUCGCCUCCAUCGUCAUUGCGCUGCUGCAGUACGGCUGUACGCUGUGUGAGGUGCCACUGAACAGGCUGCCCUUGAAUAGGCUGCUGCUGUCGAGUCCGACGGUCACGGCAGCAGACAGCGGGUCAACGCCGCUUUCGCUGCCGCCGUCCACCGCAGCGACAGGUUCAGGCCGACGCCGCCCAAACGGGGCGUCGCCCACCUGCAUCACCGCACCGUACGCGGUGGACGAGGACGAAUACUCCUACUAA